CGGAUAAUAACAAACCCAGCAGGGAAAGAAGGCGGGUAAGCACAAGUACGCCGUGCUGAACAAGUAUUUUAUGGAGAGGGAGCUCAGACUUCAAAUGGGAAGGACGUCAACUUCAACAGUGUAUUAAAUCUUUAUCUGGAAAUCCAGGAUUGAUCCAAGUUGCUGUCUAUUGAUUUUUCCGAGAGAGACUCACGUUUUGCUUUGCAUAUCAGCUGCUGGUAUGAUGUGACCAUAUUGGACACUGGUUUCACUUGAGUCAGCAGGGUUUUCAAUCAAGCGGAGGCAAUAUGUUUGAAGGUGUUUUGGCAAGUGUCAUCAACAGCUUCUUGGGAAAAUACAUCAAGGACCUUGAUGCCCAAAACCUUAAGUUGAGCAUUUUCAGUGGUAAUGUAGAGCUAACCAAUCUCCAGCUGAAACCAGAGGCUUUGCAUGAACUACCAGGCAGACAGUAUGAGUUAGAGUUACCUAUAGAAGUUAAAGCAGGAUUUGUUGGUAAAAUCACCCUGGUUAUCCCAUGGAGCAGUCUGUUCUCUCUCCCAGUCAUUGCCAAGGUAGAAGAUGUUUUUGUUCUGGCUGGUCCUGUGUGUGACAGAGGGUACGAUGAGGACAGGGAAAAAGCUCUUCAGAAUGCCAUUAAGAGGAAAAAGCUGGAGGAAAUUGAAAGUGCUAGAAAGUCUGCAUCUGCAAGUACAUCAGCAAGUGAUCAGACAUUUUUUGAAAAAUUGGCAGCAACAAUCAUCAAUAACAUUCAGGUCCAUGUUGAAAACAUCCAUGUAAGAUAUGAAGACACGGUCACCAACCCCGACCACCCAUUUGCAUUUGGCAUAACUCUAAGAUAUGUGUCUGCCGAGUCCACAGACGACAGAUGGAAGCCCACUCAGAUUGACGCUCAAGCUUCACUCAUGCACAAGCUGGCAUGGAUGAAAGACCUCUCUAUAUACUGGAACCCAUAUCUACCAGAGAGUAAACUGGUCAAGUCAAAGAUAUCAAGUGGUGUAUGGAGGAAUCUCAUGAAAAAUGCAAUUAGCACUCACAGGAUUUAUGGAGAGGAAUUUGAUGACAGUGAGUUUGAGUACAUCAUGCAGCCUAUGUCAGCAGAACUGAGGGCUGUGAUCAACAAGGCAGAUACCAUAGCUAUGCCAAGACUGCUGGUUGACUUGCUGCUGGGCAAAAUUGAUGUUGACAUAACAAGACAGCAGUUUCUAAAUGUCCUGAGCCUGGCAGACUCGUUCAAACUGAUGGCUCUCAACCAGAGAUACAGAAAGUACAGACCCUCUGCCUCUCUGAAAGGGAAUAUUAGGAAAUGGUGGAAGUAUGCUUACACUUCUGUGGUGGAAGAGUAUAUAAGACCAUUCUCAUGGGAGAGAAUAAAAAGACACAGGGAGCAGUACAGAGACUACAAAGCUCUGUUCAAGAAGAAGCUGGAAAAUCCAGAGUCUGAGGAAAUAUUGCCAAGGCUAGAAAGAAUGGAAGCAGAUAUGAGUGUUGCUAAUAUCCUUCUGGCCAGGGAGAAUGCCAAGUUAGAGUUUAUUCAGGAAGCCCCCGAUAGAGCAAGAAAGAGAGAGAAGAAAAAGGGAUACUUUGGAUCCUUCUGGGAUUGGUGGAGUUCUAGUGGAGAUAGUGAAGAUGAAUUAGAGAUCAUUACUGAUGAAAAAGACGUGUGGUCAAAACUGAGUCCUGAAGAAAAGGAAGAACUGUACAAAGGAAUAGGAUAUAACCCUGCACAGCCAGCUGCAGUCCCAAUACCUCCUCAGUAUGUAGCCCAUAAGGUGAACUUGCACUUGAAGAGCUCCACAUUGUCCUUGGCAAACUAUGGCAAAGAUGUUCUCAAAGUUGCUGUUGGUAGUUUGAUGGGAAGUUUUGAGAACAGACCAGAAUACGAAGCUUUUAGGGUGUCAAUGAAGACCAAAACAUUCAAAAUAGAAGGGGCCUCUGUGGAGCAUGAGCUGGUCCCUCUGGUGACUUCAGAUGUAGGAGUUUUUGAUGAAGCUCCAUCCCAGAGGUUCCAAGUGUUCAGUUUGGACUUUGACUCCAACCCAUAUCAUGUGAGGGCAGACUACGCUCUGGCAGUCAAUGUCCAGCCUGUGGAAGUUGUCUAUGAUGAGCAUGCCAUAUCAGAGGUUAUCAGCUUCUUUGAGGCUCCAGUGGUCACCAUGAACAGGAUGAGAGAGGCAGCUGGGGAGUACUUUGAACAGCUAGCAGUUUACAGCAGAGCAGGGCUACAAUAUGCCAUUGAGAGACACAAGACAGUGCAUGUAUCUGCAGAUAUGAGGUCUCCAUAUGUGGUUAUACCAGAGCAUGGCACAUUGCAUAGGCCAGGUAAUGUUCUGGUGGUAGAUCUUGGUACCCUGAAGAUAGAGAGUGAACUGCAGCCGGAAGAAGUGAACCUGCAGAAUGUCAGUAGGACAGAGCUGGAAACCAGAUUGUAUGACAAGUUCAAUAUCAAUAUUGACAAAGUGAAAAUCUUGCUGGCAGAUUCAGGAGAUGACUGGCACACAGCUCAGUCCAAGGAAGAUUCUGAUUUCCAUAUUUUACCAAGUAUUGGACUUAAUAUGUCAUUCUUCAACACAGUGCAGCCAGAUUAUCAGGAGUUACCAAGGCAAAAAGUGAUAGCAAACCUCCCAGGCGUUACGCUGAAUUUGUCUGAUAAGAAGAUCUCCACACUGUAUACAUUCAUCAAGAAUCUUCCACUGCCCAAUACUUCUGUGAGCCCAAUGUUACUGGAUGCAGUGGACGGGCUGGAGAUAGAGACCUGGGAUAUGGACUUCACAGAUGCCAUCCUGGAGCCCAGUAUCCCUGAACUGAUCAGGAUGAGUAGCUCAGUCUCUAAGAACUCUGUGGUCAAACCAAAGAAGAAGAAACCUGGGGCUGCAGGUGCCACACCAGUUAUAUCUGUAACCAGGAGAUCAACCAGUGAUAAGUUCUAUGAUGCUGAAGAUUAUUCAGAUGAUGAAGAGAUGGAUGAAUGGUCAAAAGCCAUAGAUGUCCCAGCAGUGGAUGACCACAGUUCCCCAACCAACAUCAUCACUGUCCUGAUCAGGUUUGAGAUGCGCGAGGUAGUGAUCAACAUAUCCAAGUUUGUGGAUGACAUAGAGACCCCAUACCUCAUGCUGAGGGUUACAGGACUGCAGGCGGAUGCUGCAGUCACAGUGUAUGGGCUGGCUAUCAAUGCUAAACUCAGGGGACUGCAGCUGGUGGACAAGUUACAUACAGGUGCUUCUGGAGAGUACAUGGAGAUCAUCAAGUCAGAACUCAAUGAAGAUCUCAUGUCAGUGGUGUACAGACAGGUGUCUCCAGAAUGCCCAGAGUUUGAUGCCAUCUAUAGAAGUAUACACAGAGGAGUUGUGGUGCACAUGACAGUGCUGAAUAUAGUGUUUGAGCGUGAGGCCUGCUACUACCUGUAUAACUUCACUCAAGCCUUGCUGACCAGUCUGGCCAGUGUGGACAUGAAGUCCAGUACCUACUCUGCCCUGUCAUCUCCUUCAGCUCCAACAGUGACUGAUGCCUUUAAGGUAGCAGAGUCAAAAGAGACUAAAAAAGAAGAACCUGCCCUGCCAGCAGGCAGUACCAGUUUGUUCAUAGCAGGACUAUUUGAUGAUCUGACCAUCAACAUGUGCAGCAAUGAUGGAGAACUGGCUGAUUUACACAUCAAAGGUCUGGAAAGUAAAAUUGUUUUGAAAAGAAGUCGAACAGUCAUUGGAGGAAAACUGCAAAAUUUGACUUUGGAUGACAAAACUCUCACCACCAUGUACCCUAGGAUACUGACAUUUGAGAAAGACAAGGUGUUUGAUUUCAAGGUGACAUUAUAUAAUACACAGUAUAAACCAUCUGACAUAGACAUUGGUGUCCAGCUGAAGAUAGGGGAGGUGCAUGUGGUCUUCCUCUACAAGUUUGUAGUAGAAUUGUGGGGCUUUAUGGAUCCUUUCCUGAACCCAGAGGCUACAGAUGCAGCUUUAGAAGCUACCCGAGGUGCCAUAGAGACACAGUAUCAAGACUUCACUGAGAAAGGCAAAAGAAUCUCCCUGAGGUUUGACAUCAAGGCCCCCACAGUCUGGGUGCCAGAGAGCUCCAAGUCCCAGCAGCUGUUUGUAGCCAAACUGGGAGAUUUGAAACUGUCUAACAGCUACAUGGAGACCUCGUUAGAUGGUGGGGAGACCCAAGUGUUUGACAGCAUAUAUGUGGAUCUAACCUCUGUACAGAUUGAUAGAGGCUGGUUGAAACCAGACAGCACAGUGGAACUCCAGCACCUUGUAGUGGAACCUAUCAGUAUGACAGUGUACUAUAAGAAGGCUGUUGUGCCUAUAAAAGUGGACACCAUCAAUGAGUUCAGUGGGAAGAUGGGAGUGAUCAAGGUCAAUGUCAGCCAGCAAGACAUGAAGCUAGCAAUAGGCAUCUUGUACAAAAACAUAGGAGAGAAAAAAGUCACCCGCAGUGAUGUGGUGGAACCCAAACCCACAUCCCCAGAGCUGGAUGUCAUCAGUGGGGACACUGUGAUGGAGGACGAGGGGCCUGAUGUCACAGGGAACAGUGACACUGUGAAGAAAGAGAUCAGUGCCAAUGUGGUUUUUGAGGGAACGGUGCUGACGCUGCUCAACGAGGAUGACGAAAUGAGUCAUGGCUUACCAAUGGGAGGGAAUGACUGUAAUUCCUUGUCCAGAUUUGAGGUAGGCAAGUUGAAUGGUACAGUGGCCAUCUACUCUGACAAAGCCAUCGAUGUCCAGGUGACACUGCAGGAAGUCUCACUUGAUGACACAAGAAAGGAGAGUAACCUAGCUGUGAAAAGGAUGUUUUUACCUUUGUGGAAAGUCAAGAAGACUGUAGAGAAUGCCAAAGACAGCACAGUACCCAUGGUAGAUUUUAUAUACAAGCAAGAUUCCGAGGGCAAUCAGCAUGUUGAAAUGACGGUUGAGAGAAUCCGCCUUAAUGUCAGCAUGCCCUAUUACCUGACUGUGAUCAACUUCAUCAUUGCCGCAAUGAAAGUCCAGGAGCCUCAGACAAGGCGUGACUCCAGUCUGGCCAGUAAUGACAGAUAUAAACGCAGUAUGUCUAUAUCUGUACCACAGCCACAGGUGUCCGAGACCCAGAGGAAGUCCAAGUUAACAGUCAGGGGGAGGGUGAAAGAGCCGGAGGUGGUCCUCUUUGCCAGUCCUCAAGAUGCUUGCAGCAAAGUGUUGUUCUUAAAGACUGACAUAUCCCUGAAUUAUGAUGCAGAUGUUGACCACAAUGAAAUGUCUGCUGCUGCUUCAAAUAUUCAGAUUGUGUGCUGUGUGUAUGGACAGAAAAAAGGGACCAAGUACAGGGUACUUCACCCCUGCAACAUGGAGUUUUUGAGGAAGGUUGGUGAAGAUGGUGCAGUUGACAUGUCUGCCAUAAUGACCACAGUGGACCUGCAUCUGUGUGCCAGCACUGUGCACAUACUACUGGAUGUCAUUGAUAUGAUAAACAAGGAGAAAAAGGAUGGAGAAAACACUGAAGAUACCUCCCUCAUAGCAUCACAGGGAGACAUCUGGAGGGUGAAGAGUAUUACACAAGAUAAGUGGCUACAGGAUGAAGAGAUGCAAGGCACGGUAUCUUUUCCAAUCCCCUCUAAAGCCCCUCCCGUAGAGAGCCUGAAGAUAGACAUAAAGGACGUGAGGGUGAUGUUUGAGGCAGAGAACCUGGACACACAUGUUCCCAUGCUGUGUCUGAGAACUAAACUGGAGGCUGAGGUCUUUGACUGGUCUAAGCAGCUGAGACUGUCAGCCGAGUGUCACCUAGACAUGGCUUACUACAGUGACAAGUUGGACACUUGGGAACCUCUCAUUGAACCUGUCAUGGAGCAAGAGAAUGUCUACAGGCCUUGGGAAGUCCUCAUCAAGCUUGUAGCAGCCAGAGGUCAUCCAAUAGCUUGUGAUGUUGAGGAUGAGCUAGAACGAUCUUUUAUAAAUCAGCUGAUUAGGGCCAAGUCGCACCCUAUUUCAUGUAACUAUGAUGAGAACUCGGCCAACUGGGGGGAGUCUGUGGAUGGAGAGAUGAGUCACUUGGUGUGCAGGAGUAAGCCUGUGUCAGACAGCUCAGAGUCCGAGGAGAAUGACACAGAGACAGACAUGAGGGUGAUACGACCACGAGUGCCCAGUAGAAGGUCAAGGACAGAUAGUGAGAAGGCACAACCAGAAAAACCACCAACCCAAGAAAAGGCCACAAAAGAGAGAGUGAAUGGCAGCACAGAUACUUCUGAGUCUGACAGCUUCCUGCACACCAUAGCAGCUAAGCUGGGUGGUAUCUUUACCAGCAGUGAUAGUGAUGCUGAUGUCAGUGACAUUGAGGAAGAAGAGGAAGAUGAUGUGUUUGGACCAACCUAUCACAAUCCUGUUUUCAUUACCUCCAAAGGCCCUAUCUCAUUUAACUCUGAGAAUGCCACGUUUGAUGAGGUAGAUUAUACAGGAGGUGGUGAGGAGGAAGAAGAGAACUUGUGUACAUACAUGGUCGUCAACUCAAAAGACAAACUUCUGCUCAAUCUUACGCCAGUUGCUAUGAAUGUAAUCAAGGAUGUUGCUGGGGCAUUUAUGAAGGAAGAACAAACCUUGCUGAGAUCAGCAGAGAAGAAACCAAGUUUUGAAGUGUACAACCAUCUCGGUCUGCCAGUGGAAGUGACUGUUAGUGAGAAAAUAAAGAUCCGCAGCAGUGCAGCUCAUGGGUGCUCUGUGAAGACAACAAAAGAAGCUGUAGAUGUUGAUGAAAGUGAAUGGACAGAGGAGCAUGAAAUGGACGCUGAGGAUGAUGAAGACUUUGAUGAUGUUGAUGGUCUUAGUUUCCUGGCUAAUGCUCUAGCUAAGACAGCCAACAUGGCAGCUGCUGGUGUAACUAGUCGAGGACUGCCACUUAUUCCUCAGGGAAGUGAGGAGGAUGAGCCUAUCCAUCUGGAACUGAGCGAGGAUGAGCUCCAUGUCAAGCUGGAGGGGUUUGAUAAUUUGUAUAAUCUAUUUCACAGAAGAGACACCUUAAAACUGCUGAAACUUAAGCCUGCCAAGUGCAACACUGUGUACUGUGCAGUCUACAACGUGAAUGUCAACUAUGGAAGAAAGGAGGUUAUAUUACAAUCUCCUCUCAAGCUGUGGAACCACAUGUCAGUGGCAGUAGACAUCUUAUGUAAGACGGAGGAUCUGAAGACACACAGCGUGACUGGAGUGACACCUAGUGACCAAGAGUAUACCAAGCUAGCUGAGGUAGCUCCUGAUGCAGAAUUCUUUGUGCCAUUGUAUGUUGCAUACCACUGUAAACUGGCUGUACAGCCUACAGCCUCAAACUUCCAAAGAUCCUACAGUGAGCUGUGGUGGAAAGACUUCACUUCAAAUGAGAAAAUUGGCACAAAAUACCUGUCUUGUUUAGCUAAAGAAGGGAAUGAAGAGGCUUUCUAUAUUAAGAUCACCUGCAAGCCCUGUGGUCCAGAGAUUCAAGAUGAAGCCUUGGUGAACUCUGUCCCUCUGUACACUUUCCAUCUUGACUCUCCUCUGGUGAUCCACAACUACCUGCCAUAUCAGAUGACUUACUCUGUGGGAGAGAGUGAGCAGUUGACCAGUGUGGCCCCUGGGGAGACUCAACCUGUGAACACUGUAGAUAUGCAGGUGACUCACAAGCUUAAGAUACAGCUCCCAGACUAUCAGGGUGUAGAGUGGAAUGGCAGCUUGAACAUAUCCAAGGAUACUUUCAGCCAAUCCAAGACCAGCUUGCUAGUUCCCAUGGAGACAGAUGUGAAGACAGUUGAUGCAGAACCCAAGCAGCUUGCUCUCAAUGUCUUCACCAACAAAAUCAACAACAUAGAUCUGAUUGUGCAUUCUCCUUACUGGAUUAUCAACAAGACAGGGUUGCCAGUGCAGUUCAGGGGUUCUGGGUCAGAUGCAGUGUUUGAGAAUGAUGUCAGUGCAGAUCCCAUCCUUUUCUUGUACAAGAAAUACAAGAGACAGAAGGUCCGUAUGCGAAUUUACAAUUCCAAGUGGUCAUCCUCAUUUAGUCUGGAUACAGUUGGCAGUUGUGGAGUAGUCAUUUGUAAUGACCCAGAAACAAAGAGAAAAUAUCAGUUUAUGCUCCAGAUUAGCCUGUCACAGUUAAAGUUGACCAAGAUUGUGACCUUGACCCCAUAUUUCAUGGUGGUGAACAGCACCCAGAUGGCGCUGAAGUACAGGGAACAAACCAGCGGAGAAGAUGAGUGGAUAGAGGCUGCAGCAGGAGACUGCCAUGCCUUCUGGCCCAAAACAGACAGUAUGAAGCUGACAGUGAAGUACCUUGACAGCAACGUGUCUUCCUUCUACUUCAGUAUCAAACAGACAUGCACAACUGUACUCAGGAUGAGCAAAGGGACUGCCCUCACAGUGGGGGUAUCUGGUGGCACAGAAACCCCCAAAACAGUAACAUUCCAGGAUUACAGACCAGGAGAUGCACCAGUCAGAAUUGAAAACCUCUGUGAGGAUGUCUUCCUCAAGAUUCACCAAAAGGACCAGAGCCAGGUUCUACUGUUGUCUGCCAACCAGUCCAUGCUUUACACUUGGGACGACCCCACAGCUCCCAGAAUUCUUCAGUGGAAUCUGUAUAAUAGGAAGAGGAGUGGAUAUGAGGCAAUAAUUACCACAGAUGGUUAUGGAGAGGUCAAACUUGAUGUCCAGACAGUGAGGAACAGCAGUGAGGGGCACAAUGGGGCUUCCGGAGAUGCAGUGGACAGCAGCAGCCCAGAAGAUGAUACCGAGCUGGAUGAUGUUGAUUUCCCCCUAAUUCAUAGAACACGCACAGACAAAGUGGCCAUGUUCUGGGUGUCCUACCUGGAUGGCCUACAGAGGGUGCUGCUAUUCACUCAGGAUGAGAGGAUUGCCAAGAAAGCUAGGAAGGUUCACAAAAUUCUGCGUCCAAUACAGGAGGCCAAUGAGGCAGAACAGGCAUCAUUAGCUUUCUUCUUGUCCUUAGAUGGCGUAGGAUUGUCCCUGAUCAAUAAGCAGUAUUUGGAGGUUGCUUUUGUCAGUCUGUCGUCUGCUCCAACCAUUUGGGAGGUGGAGGUGAAUGGGAAGUGGAAGGCUCUUAAUGUGGAGCUAGCCACAUGGUUAGAGGAUAAAUAUUUCAGUGGAGAAAAUACUGUCAGUCUAGAAGACUUUGUGGAG